UUGAAUCCAAUUUCUAGCAGAAAUCUUAUUUUUAUCUCACAAAAAUGAGUUAUUCUUCUGUGACAGUUUCGACAAAGCCAUUCGAUGGCCAAAAACCUGGCACUAGUGGCCUAAGGAAGGGUGUGAAAGUGUUCCAAGGACAGCAUUACACCGAGAACUUUGUGCAAUGUACCUUGGAUGCAAUGGGUGAUCAGUUGGUUGGCUCCACCCUUGUUGCUGGGGGAGAUGGGAGGUUCUUUUGCUCUGAGGCGGCUCAUACAAUUGUCAAGAUGUGUGCAGCGAAUGGGGUUAGCAAGUUGAUCCUUGGCCAGAACGGUGUCCUGUCCACCCCAGCUGUCUCCUGUGUGAUCAGAAAGAGGAGCACCCAAGGGGGCAUCAUCUUAACAGCUAGCCAUAAUCCUGGUGGCCCCAAUGGAGAUUUUGGAAUCAAAUUCAACACAGCUAAUGGAGGACCUGCUGCUGAAGCUGUCACCAACAAAAUCUUUGAACUUACAAAGACAAUCGCACAGUACCGGACCUGCCCCACCCUUAAUGCUGAGAUAUCUAAAAUUGGCACCCAGACAUACAAUGUGGAUGGCCGAGAGUUCACUGUGGAGGUGAUUGACUGUGUACAAGACUAUCUAGACUUCAUGAAUGAAAUAUUUGACUUUACAUCAAUUCGAUCAAUGCUGAAAGGAGAAGGAAGGCCUGCUUUGAAGAUUUUGAUUGACGCUAUGCAUGGAGUCACUGGUCCAUAUGCAAAGAGAAUCUUCUGUGAAGAACUUGGUGCACCUUCCGAGAGUGUCAUUAACUGUGUGCCACUGCCUGACUUUGGGGGCGGUCAUCCUGACCCCAAUCUGACAUAUGCAGCUGACCUUGUGAACUCACUGAAGAAGGGAGAGCACGGCUUUGGAGCAGCUUUUGAUGGGGAUGGGGAUAGAAAUAUGAUCCUUGGCCACAGAGGUUUCUUUAUCACACCCUCAGACUCUCUGGCAGUUAUCGCGGACAACUUGGAAUGUAUCCCAUAUUUCAAAAAGACAGGAGUCAAAGGCUAUGCCCGGAGUAUGCCGACAGGGUGUGCUGUUGACAGGGUGGCAAAAGCUAAAGGAAAAGAGAUGUUUGAGGUGCCAACUGGAUGGAAGUUCUUUGGUAAUUUGAUGGAUGCAAAUAGACUGUCACUGUGUGGCGAGGAGAGCUUUGGUACUGGAUCAGAUCACAUCAGGGAGAAGGAUGGCAUAUGGGCCGUGUUAUCCUGGUUAUCCAUUAUGGCUCACAAGAAGACAACAGUUGAAGAACUGAUGAAAGCACACUGGGCUAAAUAUGGAAGGAACUUCUUCACAAGGUACGACUAUGAGAACUGUGAUGCUGAACCAGCCAACCAGAUGAUGGCCAACCUGAAUGCCAUGGUUUCUGAGCCAGAUAUUGUUGGUAACACCCUGUCUUAUGGUGAAAAGUCAUUCAAGGUGGCCCUGGCGGACAACUUCUCUUACACGGAUCCUAUUGAUAACAGUGUAUCAAAAAAUCAGGGUAUCCGCAUCAUAUUUGAAGAUGGCUCAAGAAUCAUCUUCCGGCUGAGCGGAACAGGAAGUAGUGGUGCCACGAUUAGAAUGUACAUCGACAGUUACGAAGCUGAUAAAUCAAAACACCUUCUGGAUGCUCAGGAUAUGUUGAAACCACUGGUAGAGAUUGCACUCAGGAUUUCACAGCUCAGAGAACUCACAGGACGUCAACAGCCAACUGUGAUUACAUAAACUGUUGUCUAGCAAACCUGCAAAAGUACUAUCUGUUCUUGGUUGUACCCCAGUAUCUUAUUUUGACCCCACAGAUAUUCUUAUUGUUGUGUUAUACACAUAUCUCUGUUUGGUGCUAGCUUUUAAAGCAUACAUGUACACGUACAUGAACACCAGUAUGUAUUUUUCGGUUCUUUUGAAGUUAGUAAAACUUGAAUGUUUUUGGGCUUACAACUGUACAAUGCCCAAACACUGUGGUCAGUGUAAACAAUUGACCGUAUCUGUAUAGCUUCAUGAUAAACACAUUAUGGACAAUGAAAUAGAAAAGGUCAGGUCAUAGUGUGUAAAAAUGAUUUUGAUAGUUUUCUUUAGCCCUAGCUAUCCACUUACAUGUAUGUAGCUUUGAUUUAGACUUUUAAACCCAGUGAAUGUGCUUGUUGGGUCUCCAAGGAAUGCUUCGCCAUUGGAUGACCUCAUAUUAAUGUUGGCUGUUGUAAUUCCAUAAAUUAUUGAGCAUGGCUAAAUUGUUCAAAUAUAAAAGAGAAUGUAA